CAGGAAGCAGGAUCUACCUAGUCCCCGUGGCCGGAUUCCCCAGGCGGCCGCGCGCUCGGGCUGCCCUGCCCUGGGCACCGACCCGCCGCAGCAGGUUCCGCUCCCGGCACCGACCCGCCGCGCGCCGUCACCGGCGGCAUCCGCGACGCCCCAUGGGAGCAGCUGGCGCCUGAGCCCCAUCGGAACCAUGUGGUACCCAGCGCAGCCCCGGGCCCUGCCCCACGGGGGCCUCCUCCUGCUCUGGCUGCUGAAUUAUGUGCCAUCAUUUGGAAAGGAGACACUCCUGACGACAUCAGUUAUCCCACAGUCUGACCAAAGCAUAGCUUGUGAAGAUUUUAUUCAUUUAAACAUUUUAGAAAGAAGAGUUCUUAACAAUUCUGAGGUCUCAGUUCAGUAUUUAUGUUCUAAACCUUGUACUGUCACUUUGGAAGCAGUAGCCUCAUCGGAGUUCAGAACUGGUGUGUUAGUGUAUAAGAAGAGAUGGAAAAAUGAGAAGCAUCUUCAUAUAAGUAGAACUCAAACAGUGCAUUUGAAAUUUCCAAACAUCAUGGUUUACAGAGAUGAUUAUUUCAUCAGAAGCUCUAUAAUAGUGCAUACUGUGAUACUAUAUGCAUGGAUCAGUCACAAACCUGUUGAGGGCUAUGAUGCCAAGCGGGAUGAAAGCUACCUACAGGCAGUUGCCAGAACUUAUACUUUGUUGGAAACAGUUCCACCUUGUGAGCGUCCAUACAAAGAUCACAAAGUAUGUUUUAAGUGGAGCUCUGAGCACAUGUGGAGGCUCCAGGCAAACAGGAUACCUCAGUGCCCACAUGAGACUGAUGCUGUCGAGAUCCUCAGUUUUCCAUAUGCAUCAAGCGGAGAGAAAACAGGAAUUGUGAAGAAGUUCAAGAGAUUUUACAACAGAGAACUUGAGACAAUCAGGCAGCAUCAGAUCGAUUACCCAAAGUUCACUGUUUCAGUUUGGCUUUAUUUACUCCGUCACUGCGAAAAGAAUCUGUGUGGAAUUUUCUACUUUAUUGACCCAGGAGAAAUGUAUAGUACCCCGGCUGUAUUUUUAAAUGAAGAAGGUUAUGUUCAUAUACAGAUGCGUCUUGUCAAAGGAGAAGACCUUGCAGUGAAAACUCGCUUCAGCCUUCCUCUGAAACAGUGGUUUCGACUAGAUCUCUCCUUUAAUGGAGGACAGAUAGAAAUAACCAGUGUUGGGAAGAAUCUGAAAAGGCACCAGCAUCAGUCUUUUAAUUUUAGGGAAGAUUUCUAUUAUGAUGACACGGCUGGAUACUUUGUUCUUGGAGGCAGUGGGUACGCACCAGGCAUUGAAGGGUUCUUUGGACCUGUGAAAUACUACCGUCUUAAUAUUCUGGAAACAAAACAGAUUUCUAAUCCUCUUUAUGACAAAGAAAUUAUGGAACAGAUUGAACACUACUAUGAGAGAUGUGCAGACAUCCAUGAAAUAGUAUCUGGGUAUGGACACCUUGUAAAGCAAAGCCAAGCAGUGCAAAAAGAUUGUAUCCGUGAAAACUAUUAUUCAGAGCUGAAUUACAAGUAUGGGGCCAAGAUCAAGUGUGAUGCCUUCAUCUGGGGCAAAGAGCUAAGGGAGAAAUACCACAGCUUGUUCAACCUGCUGCGAGAGAUGGACUUCAGUCCAUCUGAUGUGUCAGAAGACCAAAACAAUACAGUUUUAGAAGUUGGCCGGAGGAUAUUUGAGAAGGUUGCAAAAAAUCUUUCCAGGGCUGAUGGUCUACACUACAUGAACUCCUCCAUCUCUUUUCUGAUGGAUUCCAGCUGCUGUGGAUACCACAAAGCUUCCUUUUUCCUUGCAGUUAUUUUUGAAACGGGACUAACUGUGCCCGUAGACCCUGUGCAGGGGCUGUUAUACAGUUUGGUUGGUGCUCAGAGGAAUGAGAGACUUGCUGUGAUGAAUCUUGGUUAUAAACAUUACCAAGGCAUUAACAAUUAUCCACUAGACUUGGAGUUAUCAUAUGCUUAUUACAACAAUAUUGCACUAAAGACAUCUCUUGAUCAACAUGCUACUAAAGGAGAUCAGGCAUUUGUAGAAACUAUAAGGCUGAGGGAUGAUGAACUAUUAAAAGCCCAAACUAAAGAAAAUGGUGAUGUCUUUAUGUGGUUAAAAUAUGAAGCAACAAGAGGAAAUGCAGCUGCACAGCAACGAUUGGCACAGAUGCUCUUCUGGGGCCAGCAAGGGGUGGCAAAAAAUCCGGAAGCAGCAAUAGAGUGGUACUCAAAGGGUGCACUGGAAACUGAAGAUCCAAUAUUAAUAUAUGAUUAUGCCAUUGUUUUAUUCAAGGGUCAUGGUGUGAAAAAGAACACAAGACUUGCUUUAGAACUGAUGAAAAAAGCAGCAUCCAAGGGAUUACAUCAGGCAAUGAAUGGUUUGGGAUGGUAUUACCAUAAUUUUAAAAGAGACUACAUAAAAGCAGCAAAAUACUGGUUGAAAGCUGAAGAAAUGGGCAAUUCAGAUGCAUCCUAUAACCUGGGUGCUCUGCAUUUAGAUGGGAUUUACCCAGGAGUGCCUGGCAGAAAUCGAACACUAGCUGCUGAGUACUUCUAUAAAGCUGCCCAAGGUGGACACAUAGAAGGGACCAUAAGAUGUUCUCUGUAUUACAUCACAGGAAAUAUGGAAAACUUUGCUAGAGAUCCAGAAAAAGCUGUCAUCUGGGCAAAACAUAUUGCAGAAAAAAAUGGCUACUUGGGACAUGUAAUCAGAAAAGCUCUCAAUGCCUAUUUGGAAUUGUCCUGGCAUGAAGCUUUGCUGUAUUAUGUUUUAGCAGCAGAGGCUGGAUUUGAAGUGUCACAGACAAACUUAGCACAUAUCUGUGAAGAGAGACCAGAACUAGCAAAAAGAUACUUAGCUACGAAUUGUGUUUGGCGAUACUAUAAUUUCUCCAUAUCUCAAAUCAAUGCUCCCUCAUUUGCUUAUUUGAAGAUGGGAGACUUCUAUUACUAUGGUUACCAGAACCACCCUAAAGACCUUGAGCUGUCAGCGCAGAUGUAUUCACAAGCUGCAUUAGAGGGAGAUUCACAGGGAUUCUUUAAUUUGGCCCUUCUCAUGGAAGAGGGUAAUUCCAUUCCUCCCUACAUUUUAGAUCACUUAGAGAUCAACAGGACUCUCCAUUCUAGUAAUAUUUCCAUCCUUCAGGAGCUUUAUCAAAGGUGCUGGAUUCAUAGCAAUCAAGAAUUAAUUAAUCCAUGCUCAUUAGCUUUGCUUUAUUUUUACUUAAGAGUUUUCUGGAAUAACAUUUUGCAUUUUACUCUGAUCUAUUUCAUGGGAACCUUUCUUGUGUCAAUACUGGUUGCAUUUGCAAUGCAACAUUUUCAGUCUCUGUCUGCCAAUGAUUCUCAGGCACCAAGGCCAGAACAAUCUCCAGAUGUACAUUCUUCCACUGAAAACACCAGUGACACUAGAUCAACAGAGCAAGAGGAAUCUACUCUUACGAACAAUUUAGCUCAGCAUCCCCAUUUGAUCAGCUGAGAUGUAAUUCUCUGAAAGAUUGGAAUUCCAAAGCAAACAUUAGGAAGGCAUGGUCUUGAGCAGUUACAAUACUAAGAGUUCACAACUGUAUAGAAUGGUAUUAACUAUAUACUUCAUGGGCUAAAUCCUGCUCUUAGUUACAGCUGGGCAACCCCAGUGAUCUAAUCGAUCUAUUAUAUAAAGGAGAAGGAAAUUUUAAAAACCCAAACCAAGAAUACAUGUUGAUUAUCUCAUUAGAUUAUACAUCUGAAUGCAUUGUAUGAUCUUGUUUUUGAUGGGAAUAGAAAAACAGGGGUGAAAACCUGACCAGACUUUGAAGUCAGUGGCAAAACUCCCUUUGACUUCAAUAUGGCUAAGAUUUCACCCACGGUAUCAAAUAUUUUACUAAACAGUCUUUGCCCACACUUAGACGCAAGGUUAAAUUUCCUGUAGCCCUGUUCCUGGAGGUUUGGCUCCAGUCUUUGUUUGCUUUGAAUUUAUUGGGUAGCUGAACAAGGGUGACUGAUUAUAGGGAGCAGCUCCCUUUACCAAAAAAUACAAAAAAAAGUAGAAGUGUCACAGUAAAUCAGUGAACAGUUUCUUCUCAAGUUCUUAUAUGGGUAAUAUAGGAAGGGAUUUCUCUCUAGUUUUACAGUAUAUUUUAAAUUGUCCUUGAACUAAAUUACUGAUCAGGUGUCAUUUUCACUAAUUAAUAUGUUUAUACAGCACCUAGUGUAAUGGGGUCUUUGAUUCCAUGUCUGGAGGUCGAAUAGGCUAUAGUAAUACAAAUGAUGAUAAAUAAUAAAAAUGCUAGUUAGGACAGUCAGGAUAACAGGAUAUACAGGAAGUAAUCAUACAGAGCAUAGAUCUCAUCUGUCUGAUUUUAAAGCUAUGCAAAGUGAGUGGAUGUAGGAAAGGAGUGACUGUGUUCAGCAGGUGUGUGUACACAUAAAAAUCGUAUGUAAUUGUAUCCAUCUAUGCAUUCUUGUCAGUUAAAUCUACUCUCUUUGCACUGCUUUAUUUACAAGAGUAAAUAAAAUUAUUUUUCUAUUGCUGA